AGGCCAGAGUUGUGUUCAUGCAGGAGGUUUAUUCUGACAGCAGUAAGUGAAUCAUUUGACGAGAAGUUGAACGAGUCUUUAAGUUUCACUUCACAGAGUCAUUUGGCUUCACCAGUCACAUUAGUGCUGACAAAAUGAAGUCCAGACCACACAGCAAAGUGAGGAGACGUUUCCAUCAUCCCAGCCUGAGGCUGCUUUUCCUUUUCCUACCAGAGAUCUUCAGCUCUGUUGGUGGAUCUUCAGUUCAGGAGGUGAUCGGUGCUGUAGGCGAGUCUGUUACAUUCACUACCAGUGUACCGGUUUCUGGAACUAUAAUUUAUAAAGGAGGCACAGUUGGACUGGUGAUGAAUAAACAGAGUGAAACAGACCAGAAUGAGAAGUUUAUGAAUCGUCUUGAUUGGGUCAGUCAGAGUGGGUUCUUCACUCUCUCAGACCUGAGAACAGAUGAUUCAGGACUUUACACAGUGGAGAGCAUUAAAGAGCCGAAAGGAAGACAGGAUUAUCAGUUGGAGGUGUACGAGAGAGUUUCAGCUCCUCAGGUGAAGAACACAGACUCCAGUCCUUCAGAGUUGUGUUCAUUCCUGUGUUCUGUGAGGAACGUCAGAGGACUGAAGCUGGAUUUGUAUGAAGACGAUGUUUUAUUAAAUCACACCAGCAGCAGCAACACAUCCGACACCACACUGAAUCUUCAUCUAGAAAUAAAGAAGACGGACGAUCACAGACGGAGAACCUUCAGCUGUGUGGCUUCCAACCGAGUCAGUACCGAGAAAACCACGAUCGACAUCACACACUACUGCUCUCUGAACCCCGGUCUGAACACAGGAAAUUACACGGGAUUCUGUCUGUGAGGACAACAGUCGUGUAUGAGCAGGUUCGUGUGCAGUGACUGCAGCAGUAGUGGAACAGAACAGAACUGAAGGAUGCUUAUCAGAUUAUGAUCAGACCAAAAUAAAUAGAGAGAGAGAGAGAGAGAGAGAGAGAGAGAGAGAGAGAGAGAGAGAGAGAGAGAGAGCGAGAGAGAGAGCUCUGGACACUUUAUUGGUACGUUUUUUUUUUGUUUGUUUUGUUUUUUACAUAAACACAGAAUCCAGAAUGCAACAGUGCAUGGACAAACAUUUCAGCAUUUUUUUUUUUAAAGAAUAGACAAUACACAGUUCGUUCACAUUUGCAUACUAAUUUACAUAAUCACAUGUGCAACUAAUCAUCCAGCACUAUUUGAAGUACAAUAAUUUCAUCCUUCAUGUUUAGUUCAGAAUUAAAAGUUCUUGUGUUGGAACACGUUUACAUAAACUGUAUAUUCUAACCGUAUUUUCACACGAGAGCGUGACAAAGCGACAACCGAUCGUUCAUUUUCUCUUUGUGUGUGUGUGUGUGUGUGUGUGUGUGUGUGUACGAAUCGGAGUCGCGAUUUCAGCGAUAACUGAACGGAUCUUAAUGUCAUGCAAAUCUGGUAUCAAACCUUAAAGUGACAAAAGCAAACAGUUUCCUCAAAUGAUUCCCUUCAGUUCUCUUCUCUUACAUUUAGUUCCUACCAGCACUUAGUUCCAUUUACUAUUUGACACACAAAUGUUAGAAAACGUGCAGUAUAACCUCAUGGUUUCAUUUCUCCUGUCAUAUACGACCUCUCAUUAAAUGUGUAGAGAUAUUUAUGAAGGAAAAUCAACCUCAGAAGAUCGUUGGAGAUUGUGGUGAGUGUGCGUAGCUAGUACAGUUAGCUCACUUUGCUAAUCUACGUAGCCAGUGGAGCUAGUACGACGCCUAGCAUGUAACGUAGCUCACACAACUGAUUUUCACACUGAUGACGGCGUUAUUUAUUUUCAUUUGUUAGGUUUUGAGCUGUGUUUAUAUGCUACUGUUUCUAAUCAAAACUAAAAACAACAACACUGGACUGAACAGAGAGAAACUACAAGCAACACAAACGUCUUGUGCUCUGUUAGACUGAACGCAGGGUAAUGGCUGUUCUUCCAAAUUAACAAAAAAGGUCUUUAAGUUGCAGUUGUACGGAUGAAAUUAUGAUUAAAUAAAGCCGACAGCUUGGGUAGAAUAAAAAACAUCAAUAAUGUUGAUUGUAAUAGUCAUGUAAACCUUAUCACCUGUUGUUUUGUGUGUCUAAAUAAACCAUUUUCCAUCACUA